AUGCUGAAAGGACUCAUGCUCAAGCGGUCGAGCGAUAACACAAUCGGGGACGGGUUGUUCGAGGCGAAAGCAGACCUCCGAAUGCAGGUGGACGUGGUGAACUCGCCUGGCUGGCCCCGCGAUAUGGCUGACGGAGGCGGAAGGUGGUUGGCAUGCCCCCCUACGCCGGUCAGUGCAGCUCUAAGCCUCGCAUCGCUGUCGGCGCAACUGCUGGUCGUAGACCAGUCGAGGAACAUCGUCACCGAUGGAGGGGGCGUGCCAGGGGCUUGCGGGACGGUGUUGGUGCCCCACAUUUCUGUUCACGACGGUACAUCACAGAGUCGAAACCAAGACGGACGUAAACUCGUAGACGACCCUGUCGUCGCAGCGUCAGGGUCGAAGGACUCGAUGCCGAUGGACUGGCCGUGGUUGUCUGUCGACGGCGAGAACGACGACAUCGAAUUGCUACCCGACGUCGCGGUCAAUGUGAGCACGUCAAUCGUCGUCGUCAGGUUCUGGAACAAGACGAGCUUGAACCCUUUCCCGAGCUGCCUCGACGAGAGCUAG